AUGCCUUCUCAUCAUAGUGAUCUCAAAAUUGACCACAAACCAGUGCCGCUAAAUUCAAUCACCAACAACCAUCAACAUAGAGCCCCAAAUAAUACCUUGCAUUCAUCCAAUGAGUAUAAGAUUACUAAACCAAAAGCAACAGAAAAGCGUCAUAGCUACAAGUAUGGUCAAUACCCUAAUAGAAAACGAAUAAAUGAUCAUACAUCACCAACUCCCAUAAGAAGCCUAAGUAGUCAUGACAAGAAGGAGAAUCAUUCGACGAAUGGCACAUCAUUAAGCUAUACAACUAUGCUGGCUACCCCUAGCUCAAAAAGAGUUACUUGUAAAUCCUCAGCUAUGCCGUCAUCCUCAUCGAGCAACUUUACGUCGUCCUCAUCAUCACCUUUUGUUGAAUCGCCGGCAGAAGGCAACCAAUUGAGCAUACAGCCUAUACAACAACAAACCCCAUCGCUAUCAACUUACUCAACAAACGACACACCAUCUGGGAUGCCAGAUUGCAAAUUCGAUGACUUUGAAAUUGGAAGAAUUCUAGGUAAAGGUAAAUUAGGUAAAGUUUAUUGUGCCAAACAUAAGUCAUCCGGAUACCUCAUUGCCCUCAAAGUUAUGUCAAAAAAGGAACUAUCGUCAAUGAAGCUCGAACGUAAUUUCCGGCGAGAAAUUGAAAUUCAAUCGUCGCUAUACCACGUUAAUAUUACUCAUCUACAUACUUGGUUUCAUGAUGAUACUAAUGUUUAUCUUGUUCUUGAAUUUAGCUUAUAUGGAGAGCUAUAUCAAGAAUUACGCAAACUUAAACGAUUCGACAAUGUCAAAGCUAGUUACUAUAUAUAUCAAGUCACAUUAGCGUUACGAUACUUACAUGAUAAAAAGAUUAUUCACCGAGAUAUAAAACCAGAAAAUAUCAUGUUGAGUUUAGAUAAUGUGGUGAAAUUAAGUGAUUUUGGUUGGUCAGUUUAUAUGAAACAUCAAGAUGAAGAAGGUGAUGACUAUCGCAACCAUAUUAGCCAUUUACAAGAGCCCCAUAAGUACCCGCAAUUGAGUAGAAGAAAUACCAUAUGCGGAACCAUGGAUUAUCUACCACCGGAAAUGAUUGAACAGAAACCUCACGAUAAAUCAGUGGAUAUAUGGGCUUUGGGGGUUUUGAUUUAUGAGUUUCUUGUUGGAAAACCACCAUUUGAAGAAAUCGAUAAAAAUGCUACAUAUAAACGUAUAGUUAAAGUUGAUUUACGAUUUCCAAAAUAUCUACCAGGCGGUAGUGGCAAUGACAAGGAAAAUAUAAGUACAUCAACAGUCAAUAAUGGCAACGCAACCGGAUUGGAUUUAGAUGCUAUUGAUUUGAUUAGGCGGUUGUUGAGAUAUGAGCCUGGUGAGCGGUUAAGUUUGGAUGAUGUUUUGCGUCAUCCAUGGAUUGACAAAUAUAAGCCUUAUUGGCAGGUGAAGAAUACAUCAAGAUAA